AAAACAUACUAUCGUCCACACACGGUGGGUACAAAUGCCUAUCGCUGCCUUCAUAUAUUGCCUAAAGGCCGAUUAUCAGACAGCAUGUACCCCCCCCCCCCAACUGCAGGGACACACAAUAUUAGUAAGUUUAUUAGUAUUUAAUAAUAAAAUAGCUCAAACAAAUAUCGAUAAUCACCAUUUUUCUUUGAUUAAAAUAUCACUCGUGCAGAAGAGGAAAUAAAAAAUAAUUUCAUAUUUAAUUUAAUGACCUAAUCACAGGCAAUUGCAUCGCUUGGGGGUCGAAUUUACUAUAUCAAGAACACCAGAAAAUUAUCUCCCUUGCCUUGAAGAGCAUUUCAUCCAAUGAAAUAAUAGGGUCAGAAAGUCUCGUUUACUUUCACUUUCGAUUUACUACUUCCGGGCAGCAGUCGAAAAAUGUCGCUUUGUUUUGCUUUGGUUAUGCUCAGAUGACAGCGUUAAAAUGAACCUACAGCCUAUAUAGAUUCCCUACUUAUGCAAAAAGAGGAAGAAGUGGAUUUAUAGAUGCAGGUAAACAAGUCAUAAUACUUAUAUUUUUAUAGUUAAAUCGCCGAUUGAAAACUCAGAAGCAGUGAGCUCUACCCACGACCGCGACCGGGUGAUUGAUCUAAAACCUAUUUUACUGAAUAUUUUCGAUAAUAAACAGCUGUCAAGUUGAAGGGCUUAGUUUUUGAUGAGUUAGAACUAACAUUACAUGACACAAUAAUGCAGUAUGUUACUUUUGAUAAAGGAGACAAACUGAAUGCAAAAGGGUCGGGGAGAUGAAACAAUUAGCUGGGUACAGUAAAUAUAUGCAGGUAUCUAAUUGUAUCAUGUUUUGUCUAGUUGAUGAUGAUCAUAUCAACUUGUAAUAACACAUUUUUAUGGGAUGCUGAUAGCUAGGGAGGGGGAGGGGCACAUUUACAAGGCAAUGCAGUUUCUCAUUUUCAUUAUGUUUUAAUUAAUAAUGAUAUUGCUUAUGUUUUUAUUGUGACCCUCACGGAAAAUGGUACCAAUUUGGAAACAAAAAAUCUUCAAAGAUGAUUGGGAUCACUGAAAUAACAUGUUUUUACAAUAUUUACAUUAAGAAACAUAAUACAGGACCUAGAAAAAGUUUUUGAUACACAUGUACUUCAAUAUUGGGAACAACAUAGUAGAGGAAGUCUCAGAGUUUGUUUACCUCGGCAGUAAGAUCACAGCCGAUGGGGAUUCCACAUCUGAUGUAGAGAGCAGAAUAGCCAAAGCAAGAGCAGCCUUCGCAAGCCUGAGGAACAUCUGGAAGUCAACAGCCAUCAGCAUCAAGACCAAGAUCAGGAUAUUCAAGAGUAACAUUAUUGGAGUCCUCCUAUAUGGUGCCGAGUCGUGGAAGGUGACCAAAGGUAUUGCCCACAGACUGGAUGUUUUCCAGACCAAAUGCCUACGACGGAUUCUGAAGGUCUUCUGGCCCAACACCAUCAGCAACAAAGAUCUAUAUCCGAGAACGUCAACAUCACCAAUAUCUGAGAUGAUCAAGAUGAGACGAUGGAAAUGGAUCGGACAUGUCCACAGGAUGGGAGCAACAUCAAUCCCAAAGAUCGCCAUGAGAUGGACACCAGCAGGAAAGAGAAAUAGAGGGAGACCAAAGGAAACAUGGCGGCGAUCAGUAGAGAAAGAGAUGAAGGAGUGUGGAUGGACUUGGGGCCGGAUUCAGAACAUGGCAGCAGACAGACAGAGAUGGCGAUCUUCAGUGAAGGCCUUAUGUGCUUCCUAGCACGAAGAGGAUUGAGUAAAUGCUGUUAUAUGCAUCAUUUCCUUCUGAAGUAUCAAUGUGUUGGUGGCUGUUGUGAAGAGAAUGGGCCCAUUUUAACAACUUCUAGGAUGGGCGGUACAAGGGUUCAUACCAGUGACCAAUUUCUGAUGAUUCUUAUGAAGUUGCACCUAAAUCUAAGGGAUCUACAUUUAGCAGGCCAGAGGGCUCAAUGCCGAGUUUACCUCUGAAAGAAUCGCAAUCGAUACAACAAACAUAACACUGGAUUUAACUUUAAAAAUGAAUAACUAGUCAUUAUCUGACAGCAACUACAUUGAGCAAAAUUUGUCACACAGCAAAGGCUAUCACUUGUGUAGCACUAUUGUUCUGAAUUCUAUCCUGGAUCCACCUCUGAUGGUGACAUUGUUGAUCACUGAGGUGUAUUGGAGAUGUUGAAGCCAGAUAAUAUAUGAUUCUUGCUAAUAAAGGAUUUGAUAAACUUUAAUCAGGAGUGACAUUGAACAUAUCACCUUUUCUUUCAUCAAAAUCUCAUUUCAGUAAGGAUGAAGCACAGCUAUUACAAGAGCAGGAAGAGUCAAAUUCAUGUGGAGUGUGCAGUUUAAUAAUUAAAAACAUCCAUAUUCUAAAUCAUAUACCUUCACAAUACAGACAUAUAUAUCUGUCCACUAAGAUUUUCAACUCUGUGUGACUCUUGUACAUUUGCAAAUCCUCUACUGAAGGAAAUAGCUAAUUUAUUAAAUCUUACCUUUGGACUUAGGUACUAUAAAUGUACAACAUCUUACUCACAUUAUUCUGCAUUGUCAAGUUGUAUUAAAUGCAUUCAAGUAAAUGAUAAAGUGAACAUUUAUUUAAGGUUGCUAGUCAAAGAAAUUGUUACAAUGGUGAUUCAUGCACAUCUUCACACUGAUCAUUUGUAGCAAAAACAAAAUAAAAUUAAUGGAAGACA